GGUGCAUCUCUAACUGCUCCUUCAGCCCUCCUACCCCGCCGCCAAUUUUUUUUGCUUUAUCCUCUGAAGGGGCAGCUCUGUCAGAAAUGCAGAAUCCGAAGAUGCAGCCGAAGAAAUGAGAAUCCCCUUGGUUGAAGCAGGGCAGAGUUACCUGCCAGGAUUUUAUUUGAGCCAAAUGCAGCGUGGGAAGUUGGUCCCUUAAUCCGAGGGGGUUUGGCUGUCUGCCCUGGAGCAGCUGCAAGAAUAAGCAGCGCUUUGCGAGCAUGUGCAGAGUGCCCGUUUCCUUGUCAGAAGGGGUGACUUUCCUCCCAAAGCGGGGCUGGGCAUUCUAGGGCACCUCACAUUAAAAAACAACAACUAAGCUCUGUUAUCAUAACUCGUAGCAGUGAGUCCCUUAAUUCUGCUACCUGUGUUUUCUGCUUGCUUGUUAACUCUUACCCAUGCGAGGUAGGUCAGUAUUGCAACUGUAGAGCUGAACCUGAGAGAGAAGUAGCGUGUCUAAGGCUGCCUGGUGAAUUCAAGCUGUAGGGGUGGCAAAACAAACACCACACGACCCUUAAAGAUGGUGCGCAUUUUGGCCAACGGCGACAUCGUACAAGAUGAUGACCCUCGAGUGCGACAGAGCACUCAGAACAGAGGAACCUCCUCUCGGCCGGGUUUUUUCAACAUGAACGCAGGCCCUGCUCCACAACAACACUACCGCCAACAGCAGCAGCAGCAGCAGCAGCAGCCUCAGGAUGCAGCAAGGCCAGGGGAGCGCUCACUGCUUUCAGACAUCAAUCAACAGUUGGUGAACAUGGGAUUCCUCACGUGGAACCUUGGAAACCAGGUGGUGGAGCCAGUCAUGUCCAUCCUGCUGCUGCUCCUUCUCAUGAUGGUCGGCGUGCGUGGCCUACUCUUGGUGGGCCUCAUCUACGUUGUCUCUCACUUAAGCCAGCGAUGACAGGGACUUCUCUACAAGCCAUGACUGCUGCUUGGCGAAUGGAGAGCCACAUUUCCUUAUCCGGUGUGUGAGCGCAUGUUAGAGAGAGUAUGGGGGGUGUCAAAUGUGCCCCCGUUGUGUGUAUGUGUGCCCAUAUGGGCUCCCACCCUCAAAAUGUUAUGUAAAUAGAUUUUGUAGGGAACAGAAAUGAGCUGUGGGGGGAGGCAGUAUAUGGAGUGUGAGUUUGUGAGGGUACAGUUUCUUCUACUUCAGUUGGCUUCCUACGGAAGCAUGAAAAUUUACUUUUUCAGUGGCACGAGGCUGACUACAUUUUUUCUUGUUGUGCUGCUCAGGUUGUAGUAGUUGGGUGUGGAGGCAACCUCAGGGUUGUUGGUUGAAGCUUAGUUUUUUGACUGAAGGGGUGAAAAGGCAGCAGGUGGAUCUCUCAAUUGUUCUCUCAACAAAAGCGCUUAAUGAACCUCGUAUGUAAAAGGCAGUGUUAUGAGAUGACUAAGUAGGCAUUGUUUAUUGCCCUUAGAGAGGAGGUAGUUAACAUGAUAAUUGAGAAGGUUUAAAGCAGAGGUGGGAAAUGUGUGGCCCUUUAGGUUCAGAGGGACUACAACUCCCACAAUCCCUAGCAAUUGGCCAUGCAGUCUGGGACUGAUUCGAGGUGGCAUCUGGCAACAUCUGGAGUGCACCAGGUUGUAGAAGGCUGCAUUACACUCAUAAUCUGGGAGUCGUAAAAUGGAUUGGGUUUGGUUUGGCACUCUUGGUCACGAUCUGACCUUGAGCCUUUGCUUCCUUUGGUUGGAGGGGAAGACACAGGCCCCACAUCCCUGGUUUAAAGCAAAUUAUAUAGGUAUAACACCUAUCACUUUUGAGAUGUGUGUCCAGGUCUUUUAAAGACAGGUGCAUGAAGACUGAUUGAAAACCAAGCUUCUUAACUCAGGUCAGUCACAGGAUUAAAAUACCAUCUCCAAAUGGAGGGAAGCUUGGGUUUGUGUGGAAAUAUCAAUCAUGGAACCACACUUUGCAUAGUUGAUAGGAGGCCACUCUGUAGCUAAUCAGCGUACAUGAGGACGGGCAAUUCUGAGAAUUAUUUUCCAUGUUGGGAGCUGUAUAUGUGGCCCCUGUACUUUGCAUUGUCGCAUACACAGUCCCCAUGCUGGAGGCAACAGUGCUGAUGAAUGGUUGCCCCUGUGUGAGUGCUGGCUCCCGGGGUGCUCACUUGGGGUCUGCCUUAAGCAUGAAACCAGCCAUUGUCUUAGAAUGUGUGUGUGGUUUGUGUGUGUUGCAGUGGGGGAGCCUUACUAAGUGAGUGUGCAGUGGGCAUGUGUAACGUGGUUCUCAUGUCUGUCAAUUAACGUGAAUGGACAUUUCUGCAUCCUUGCAAAACGACCUGGUGGGAGAACUCCCCACCCACCCACACUUCUUCCCCUGCUAGUGGUGGCCUCCUCUUGAAAACAGGAGUGGAGGAAUCUAAUCCAAGCAAAGGAAAGCUUUGUAACCACCUCCCUCAACUCUUUGUAAUACUAGUUGCAAACUGUUCCUUAAUACACAUCUUUUGUUCCUUUCCAAA